AUGUCUGGCCCGACGACAGCGGCACAGCCUUCUCUCACUGGGCUCCCCGUAGAAGUCAUCGAAGCCUUUGCUACGCUUUUGGACCUUCCCGAUCUGUGCAUUCUCCGUCUGACUUCAUGUGAGCUCGCGGCGAAAGCGUCACAGGGCUGCUAUAGGACCUUUUUCCGGAAAAAGGAGAUCGACUUGGCCGACUCCGAGCAACUGGAAACCUUUAAGCGGUUAACACGUCGCGGUGGCCUGGGUUGUCUCGUGGAAAAUAUGACAUUCCUCCGAUAUGUUGCACUAGAGGAUGGAGGGAACCAUGAUGUGGCGGCAAGUCCGGACCUCCACGUGCUUGUCGACUGCCUCAGAAAUUUGAAGAUGUACUCCGCGUCUAAAAGUUUGCACGAUCUUUCGCUCGAUGUUCGGACUAAAGAUGACUCACCUGGACGAGUUUCUCCCUAUAGAAGCAUGUGGAAUGAGCGGACAUGGGACACUCCGGGCACUCCUCUUGGUCUCAACGUGAGAGGAUCGACAAGAUCUCCGCAUCGGCGCAAUUGGAAGGCGACUUGGACUCUAGGUGCGUCACUGUAUCGGGAGACCAUGGCCAUGCUCCAUCAAAGUGAGCUUUCUGUGAAGAGACUAUCCGUCUUUGGAGAAACUGAGAACUGCAGUCUCGGCUUCGAUCAGCUAGCUACAUAUCCGGAGCAGGCUUUGCCAUCUACAUCACUUGCUACCUUGGACUGUCUGUCACUUAGCUUGUCCCACUCCGUGGAGGUCCAUAGAACAAACGACGAAGCCACAGAGGCCGCCGUUCCGAGUCACAUCCACAGAAUCGAAGCAUUCCUGCAGCUCUGCCUAAGGCUAGAAACCUUGGAUUUGCACUUUUUCAAAAUUUGGGUUGGAGGAGAGGAUGAGAGGCCCGACACGUUCGUCCAAGAGACUCGAUUCUUCGAUCGCAUUGCAGCUUUAGUGAAGUUCCCGCAUCUAACGUCAUGCACCUUCCGAGGACUUAGUUGCAAGUCUAUCUCUCUGCAGCAAUUCUUUGAAGGCGCUCCACAGCUUCAACAUGUCGAUAUAAUCCACACUAAUCUGACCGACGGGCAAUGGCGACCAAUUUUCGACACCCUAUGUACCCAAAAGCUCGACUCCCUGCAUCUCGACGACCUCUUUGAAAAGGGACGUAUUUACUUCCUCGGCGUUCCUAGCAAACCAAAACUUGUCGUGGAAGGUCAACGGCAGGGCACGAACGAGUUGACUCGAAGUGGAGCAGACACAACAUUGACUAUUAAAUACCAAGUAGCUCGUGGCCGUCUACUUGGUUCGCCCGUCAAGAACCGAUAUAUGGCCAUACGUGAGUGGCUUUAUGGGCCUGUCUCGUUCGGGUCAGGGGAUUAA